AUGCCUUCACCUCCAAAGCCGCCUAGCACUCGGCCAUUAAAGCCAGCCAAGGAAGCCUCAGCCGUAAAGUCACCGUCGGCGAAGAAAAAGUCCUCAAGCGCCAGAGUCUCGGCAGCCUGUGAGGCAUGCAAGAAGCGAAAAACCAAGUGCUCCGGAGGACCGUCACCUUGUCAGCUUUGCGAGACGCUCGGGACCGACUGUAUCAUCGACCUGUCUCUCGACAUGAGACGCAAAGCGGCGUUUCAGCGGACGAUUGAUGAAUCGAGGAAUUAUCAGGAAGCGCUGAAUACUCUGCUUGAUGCCAUUCGCGAAGGACCGUCGCCGCGACUUGAGGCUCUGUUCGACUAUGUUAGGAGUGGUGCCACCAACCAGGAGAUCACGGUCGCAGUGCAACACCAGCUGAGCCGUCCCAGCGAUGAAGAUGGAGAUGGGACCAUGUUGUCACAGGCCGACGGCGUCGACUCGGUCCUUGAGGACACCAAACCUGGCAAGAGCCCAGCUGACAUGUCCAGUUUUGGCUCCGAUGCUGGCAGGGGCAGGCCAGCAGAGCCAGGGCUCAUGCCAGUCUCGACAUUGCUCUUCUCGCUGAAGAAUUGUUCCGAGGCCCAAGGAGAGGCGCUCCUGCGACAAUUCGUAGCGUUCAAGGCAGGAGGGAAAGCCAGCCUGCCGAGCCCGUUGGCAGAUGGCAAAAGCUCCGGAGACGCAACAGGCCCCGGUACAAGUCCGCCGAGUGUAGCCGAACGUGCCACAUGGCACCCAGUCCUGCACAUACGAUCACAAAGUAGUCGCGCUGAACCGCAUCCACAGUUCACGCACUUUGAGCCCCCGUCGAGACGGUUUUCCGAAGGGGGUCCGUCCCACAUCGACCAUUCCCAAACGCUCCACUCGGACUCUCCAUCGCCUGCUACAGCCUCCUCGAGACAGAGCUCCCGAUACCCAAUGCUCAACACGGACAUCUCGCUGAGUGCGUUGACGGUCGCGUCGUCACCGGCCACGCCGUACUUCGAGCUGGUCACCAACUUUCCGUCCGGUCAAGUGCGACAGAAUGAGUGGGAUCUGUGUGUGGCCCAGGAGGAUCACGUCACGAGGCUCCGCAUCCCCAGGCACCUCAUCUUACCACUAGUAGUACCUGACGACUCACCGAUGAGCCGGACGUACACCGACUACCUGUUCGGGGCUCGGCGCAUGCUCGAAAGCGGAGUCCCGGCAUCGGACGUCCUAGGCCACUCGGACCGCGUCGCGGUCGACCUGUUCUUCCGCCCUCGCCGGGCAAACGACAAGCUCGACUGCGCUUCAUGGGCGUGCGAGGUGUCCCGCAGUUAUGAUACCGAUGUCUUCGUUCGGCUGGCUACGGCGUGUUUGCUCACACAUAUGAUGCGAUGGCAUUUAGUACCUACGCAGGAGAAUUAUCAAAGAAUCCCAGACAUGAUGAAGCCGACACCGACACAGUGCAUGAUCCCGCACAUUGGUGCCAUUGAGACGAUACCCUUACCUCCCGUGAGAGAUGCGGCCACCAACAAACUCCGCGAUUGGCUCACGCCGCUGAUCGAGGCCGAAUGGAGCGUCAAUUGGCCUCACUCGGUCGAAAUGGCCGUCGAGCGUGACUCGUCGACUGGCGGAACGGUAUUGACGCAACGAUUCCACGACCAUGUGACUAGAUACGACAACUGGAGUGUGGCGGGACGAUUCCUAAGUGCGUUCCCCGAGGUCGCAGGCCAAAUCAGGCUACACGAGGACGGGUGA